CUUGUACAGCUGCCGCUGGAAACGCUUGAGGAAAGGCGAGGAAAGUAAACAGACCACACCAUAGAAGACGGCAGAGGCCAUCACAGAGUCAUAAAAGGUCUUCAGGGGUGCCCCGUGCACCCCAAAGGACCCCAACCUCCUGAGUCUGAAAGAAGCUGAAAAGGUACAAGUGUCUACAUGAAUGAGCAUCUGACAAAACGCAACACUGAAAUCGCCAAGAAAGCACGCAAUCUGAGGAAGCAGAGAAGAAUCCAAGGUACUUGGAGUGCCAACUGCAACAUUUUCAUCAAGUUAAAUGGAGGAUCAAAGGCCAGAGUGCUUGUUGUCAAAGACAUGAAGGAUCAGGAUAAAUACUCAAGAGCAGAUCAACACGACAACACGGAAAGGAAAAUAACUCACAACGUCAUCAGGAUGCCACAAGAAGAUCUACAAUUGGACACCGUUUGUUUCACAGACCACAAACAACUGGAUUUGGAAAAAGACAUACCUGUAGAUCCUGUAGGUUGUCAUUUCCAAAAUGACUGCUGUUAGUGCAUAGAGGAGCAACACAACAACAACCUUAACAUCGGCAAUAAGUUGUCAAUUAUCCACAUAAACAGCAGAAGCACGUAUGCAAAUUAUAACAACAUCAGACGAUAUUUGAAUCAAUUCAAUGAACCCUUCAAAGUAAUCUCAAUCUCUGAAACUUGGAUUAAUGCCCACCAAGGUGAUGAAAUGACCUGCGUUCCACAGGAAUACCACAAGUGGAGGAGGCCUGGCUGUGUACGUGGACAAACAUCUGCGCUACAAAAUGGCAAAGAAUAUGUCAUUCACUACUGAUAACAUCUUACUGUAGAAUGUAUAACGAUGAAAAUCUCUCAAGAAAAAAGCCGAAAUGUGUUAAUAAGCUGUUUAUAUAGAAAGUCAAGCAUUGAAAUGUUUUGAGGAUUGGAUUAAAACAACCUUCACAGACAUCAGUCAAAAAAUAAUCUUUGUACGUGGGGACUUCUGAAUCCACACAAGACCAAGGUAACAGAUGACUUCAUGGACACCAUGUACAGUACACUUGGAGUCUAUAUCCUAAAAUCACCAGAGCAAGCAGAAUAACGGACCACUGUGCCACCCUUAUGGGUGACAUAUUCACCAAUGACUUUGAUAACAAAGUCAGUACAACACAAUUGGACACAGUUUGUUUCACAGACCACAAACAAUCGGAUUUGGAAAAAGACAUCGAUCCGGACACAAAUCUUUUUUCUCAUUGUUUUAUUCAAAGGAAUGAAACAAUAGACGGGAAUCCUAAUUCCAUGUUCCCCACUGAUGUGACAAAAAAGGAAAUCACUGACAUUGUCAAUCAUUGUGAAGCAAAAACAUCAACUGAUUGUAAUGGAAUGGAAAUGGAAACAAUAAAAAGGGUUAUUAAGGAGAUCGUAGAGGCCAUGACUUACAUCAGUACUAUUGGUUAUCAUUCCAGACUGGUACAUUUACCAACCAAAGGAAAACAGCUCAAGUAGUUACAAUUUUAAAAAAAUGGAAACAAACAUCAAUUUACAAACUACCGAGCAGUUUCCUCAUUACCACAAUUUUCUAAAAUAAUCGAGAAGCUAUUCAAUAACAGGUUGGACAAAUGUAUUAAUAAGAAUGAAUUACUCGCAAGUAGCCAAUAUGGAUACAAAGCUAACAUUUCAAUCUCCACGCCACUGAUGGAAAUCACGGAGGAAAUGACCAACGCUAUAGACCACAGAAAGUGUGCAGAAUACACAUCUGCAAGUUGAAAUAAUACAUGCGGAGUACCCAAGGGGUCAAUAUUGGGACCAAAACUGUUCAACUUGUACAUUAAUUAUAUCUGUAAAGUGACGAAAGACUUAAUGUUGGUAUUAUUUGCUGAUGAUACUACUGCUUUUUGCUCUGGGGAAAGCACACAAAAGUGAAUUUAAAAAGUCACAGAUGAAAUGGCCAUAUUAAAAAGAUGGUUUGAUAAAAAUAGAUUAUCCUUGAACUUAAGUAAACUAAAAUAAUGCUAUUUGGCAAUAGCAGAAAGGACACGUACGACCAAACACAAAUAGACCGAGUGGACAUUGAAAGGGUGAAUGAAAAUACAUUUUUUGGGGAUCAUACUAGGUGAAAAAAUUUGCUGGAAAUAUACAACUUAACUAUAAACUAUAAAAUAUACAACAUAAGGUGGCGAGAAAUACCUCAAUAUUGAAUAAAGCAUAAUUUGUCCUUGACCAAAAAUCACGCCACACUCUUCACUACUCUCUGGUAUGACCAUAUGUAACUUAUUGUGUGGAGAUAUGGGGUAAUAACUAUAAACAGAAUAGAUAAUUAUAGAAACGUAUAGAGAACACAAAAAUCCUUGAUUUCUAAAAUCAAAAAUAUUAACAUUUGCUGAUUUAGUACAUUUUCAAACAGCUAAAAUGAAGCAUAAAGCAAUCACUAACCUGCUACCCAAAAAUGUCAUACAAUACUUUUCUACAAGAGAGGAGAAAUAUGAUUUCACGGAAAAACUCAACUUAGAACACUUAUCCGCGAGAACAACGCUAAAAACCCACAGCUUUUCAGUAUGUGGAAUUAAAUUACAGAACUCAAGCCAAGCACCAACAUGAGCCAUUUCAAGAAACAACACAAGCAGCUGAAGAAGAUUCAAGGAAGAAGAUUCUUGAACUUGUUAUCUUAUGUUUACGGUAAUUGCAUUUAUUAUUUAUUAUUAUAUUGAUUAUUAUAAAUGCAUACUAUUUAUUAUGAUUGUUAAAAAACCUUGACAAUUGUAUUACCAUAUUGUUACAUUACCUCAUCACUUUUCUAUGUAUUAAACAAAUCAUAUAUGAAAUACAGGAUUAAUAAGCUUUGCUUCUUCCUACUCCUUUUGGACAUGUGGAACUGUGACUUGUAUUAUGUGAUGUAUUCCACAGCAACUUGUAUGCAUGUUCAAAUAAAAUGAAACCGUUACCAUUACACUAGGUGUAUACUGUAGUGUUGCUUCAAGCUAAAAUGAGGAAUUAAUGUGUAUUUCCACUGCAAAAUCCCAAUCCCUUUAAUCGCAGAUUAACAUUCCAAGAUGUCAAACUGAGUGAGUGUUGUUUGCCGAACAACUGCUGAGAAAAACGCCUUUUUACACCAGGCUGUGGAGUUCAAACAUCAUCAUAUUCACUGCAAAUACAGAAAUCCAUGUCAGAUCGUCUUAGUUGAUAGCACAGAUAUGUUUUGCAGUGCAAGAUGCUAGAAACAAGUUGCAAAAGAAAGGAAACUUGUUGCAACCUGCUGUUUAAUUAUACCCUUCCAACGUUAAUAGCCAUUUACAGUCAGUGCAGAGCUUGUAUAAACGGCACAAUAGGCUCUCCUGUAUGGCGGUUCAUUGGUUCCAGACCCCACCGUGGUAAGUCAAUAGGAUUCCAUAGAAUCCAUAGAAACCCUGUUUACCACCGUCUAAAUACGCCAGGAGUCACUUUUACACUCCUAUUACCCAAUGAAGUAGACAUAGUAAGAGAAAAUACAUAUAAGACAUAGAAACCCUGUUUACCACUGUCUGCAUACGCUUUUUAACAUUAUUAGAGCCCUCUAAACAUGAAAUUAAAAAAAAAUAAAUAAAUAACACCCCUAUAGUUACCUUUACACUCCUAUUACCGAAUAUAGUAGUAAUAAUAAGAGAAAAUAAGACAUAUUUUCUAUGCCAUAAAUAUGGAAAUAUUGCAUUUAUAAAGACAGAAUCCAUGGACUGCGAUUGGCUGGCAACUAGUCCAGGGUGUGCCCUGCCUGUUGCCCAAAGUCAGCUGGGAUAGGCUCCAGCAUGCCCCCGUGACCCUAAUGAGGAGAAGCGGCAUAGAAAAUGGAUGGAUGGAUCCAUGGAACCAAUGAACCAUGAUAAAGGAGGAAUUAUUGUAUUUGUAUUUUAGUUAAUUUUGCCUUGAAAAUUUAGGCAAAAAUAUGUAACAUUGACUUAAAUAUGCAUAUUUUUUGACAAAUAAUAACUUGUUUUGUUCCCCCAUUUGAGUGUGCAUGCUGUUGGCUGUCUGUGGUCACCCUCAUCACCCUCCUCUCCAUCUCCUGGAUGUACAUUUGUCUGGUCAUGUCUAACGACCGAGAGGAUGUCAACUGGUAAACACACACACGCUAAUCUGGGGGUGUCCAAAGUGAGGCCUGAGCUGUUUUUUAUUGGCCUGCAGCAUACAGUAUUCCAAAAAUAUAAUUUAACAAAGUUUAACAAAGACAAAGUUUGCUCUCAUCCAAUCUUUUUUCUUGGCUGUUGUGUUGUUCCACGAGCAGGAAAGGCUUCAUGAAACUGAAGCAUUGGGUCAACUGGUUCAUCGUGCUGAUCAUCACGUCUGCAACGUUAACCAGUUACUGUGUGCUGCUGCUGGUGAGCACAUGAGCGUCGUACUUUUAGCUUCAUAUUCCGCGAGUGAAAUAAAGACGCAAACCAAGUAGAUGGUAAAACAGGCAUGGAGAACAGCACAUGAUCAGCAUCAUUAACUGCCAUAAACGCCAUAUUACAGAGAGACAGAAGGCAUGAUAAACGGAAGUGGCCCUGGCAUUGAUCCCUGUGGCACUCCACAUUUCAAUGUUCUUUUCAAUAUUGUUACAUUCAGUGUUUUAGAAAUCAGUAAGACUAUCUACUAUUUGAUUCUUAUUAUUCUUUUCUUUUUUUAUAUUUAACAAAAAACACAAUUGAAAAUAAAUUUGAACUGAUGUUUGGUGAUUUUUUUUAUUUGUACAGACUUGACCACCAUAAAUGAAUUUCCGCGAUAUACGAUUCAAUGGAAUAUUUUUGUAGUUAGAGCAUAGAAAGCCAGUUUAUGAAUUUGUAAAUAUGGGUUUUGUGGCGCAUGUUGGACAUAAUUCACCCUUAGGAACUUUAUGUCAGUCGCAGUUUCACCUGGGCCCUUAUGGUUGAGGGACCCUUGUCUUUGCAGUAGGGAGACAUGUGCAUUUCGCUCUGUCAGGUUGUAAGCUCGAGAGGAGCAGGGAAAUAAAUGUUGCCAGUUGCUGUUCCAAUAACUCCGCCUACGACUCCUUCUUCCUGGCACCACAUUGGUGACCCCGACAGUGGACCUGUAGUCUCCGGGACCACGGCGAACACAAUGGCGGACAACGCCACACUUAAGUUGCCAGAGUACUGGGAGUCGGCACCUGAAGCGUGGUUUGCGCAGGCCGAGGCGCAGUUCGGUCUUCGCGGCAUUGAAGACGACGAGAAGAAGUUCUGGCAUGUCGUUACGGCGCUAAACAGCAGGACCGCGUCCCAGGUGGUCCGCUUCAUCACCUCGCCGCCGGCCCGGGAUAAAUUCGGCGCGCUGAAGGGACACCUACUCAGAGUGCACAGCCUGUCCCGGCGUGAGCGGGCCCGUCGGCUACUGGACAUUAGCGGCCUUGGCGGACGCUCACCGACUCAACUAAUGGACCAUAUGCUGAACCUCUUGGGCGACGAGGAGCCGGGUUCGCUCUUCAGAGAGCUGUUCCUGCGACAACUCCCCGUGCAAGUGCGCACCGCCCUCGGCAACUCCGACGUCUCGGACCCGCGCGCUCUCGCAGAGGAGGCAGAAGCCUAUUUUACUGCGACCCCUCAUACGGCGCACGAGCAAGUGGCGCCGGUGAAAGCACCUUCCGAGUACCUGGCCCCUGCGCGCGAGAUGCGCGCAUCAGCCGACCAGCGGGGGAGUCGACGGGAGCGCGACCAUCGAGAAGGCUGGUGUUUUUACCACGCCCGCUUCGGGGCCAAGGCGAGGGCAUGCCGGCCGCCAUGCACUUACUCAGCGGCGGGAAACGCCGGUGCCCGCCCCCUGUAGUGGCCGGGGUGGCGGGCACUCCCAACCAGCUGCUUUUUGUGGUGGAUUCUCUCUCCGGUCGCAAGUUUCUGUGCGACACCGGCGCGCAGAGGAGCGUGAUACCGGCAGCGCCUGGGGAGCAGGCUGACUGUCUGUCCAGGGCGAUCGCCAGCACGGUCCAGCUUGGUUUGGACUAUGCCGCCAUGGCACGGGAUCAAGAGCAUGAUGACAGCGUGCGUGCUCUCCGUUCUGCAACCUCUGGCCUUCACGUGCAGCGCGUUCCAGUUGGCGACUCGGGUGCCGUUUUAUGGUGCGACGUUUCUUCCGGUGUUGCUCGCCCUUUAGUCCCUGCACGCUGGCGGCGCAAGGUGUUCGAUGCGGUACAUGGUCUUUCCCACCCGGGUCGUAAACCGUCCGCAAGACUGGUGUCCCAAAAGUUCGUGUGGCGUGGUCUCAAGAAGGACGUGCUGGCGUGGUCCGAUUCCUGCGUUGCUUGCCAACGAGCCAAGGUGCAGUGCCACAUCAAGAUGCCCCUCGAAACCUUUCAGGUACCUGAGCGCCGUUUCGACCACGUCAAUAUUGACUUGGUUGGGCCGCUGCCCGGGUCACAGGGGUUCACGCAUCUGCUCACUAUGGUUGAUAGGACCACACGUUGGCCCGAGGCCGUUCCACUGUCGUCCACGUCCACGGCGGACAUAGCGCGGGCGUUUAUUGGUACGUGGGUGGCACGUUUUGGAACACCUUCUGACCUUUCGUCAGACAGAGGCGUGCAGUUUACGUCCGAGCUUUGGGGCGCUGUUGCCGGCAGCUUGGGAGUUAAACUGCACCGCACCACCGCUUAUCACCCGCAGGCGAAUGGGCUGUGCGAACGUUUUCACCGUUCCAUGAAAGCUUCACUUCGUGCGUCUUUAUGUGACGGGGACUGGGUAGAUCGGCUUCCAUGGGUGCUGCUAGGUCUCAGGUGUGCACCCAAGGAAGAUCUGCGGGCGUCUUCCGCAGAGUUGGUUUACGGCCAGGUGUUGCGUGUCCCCGCAGAUUUUGUGUCUGAAGCGACCGUUCCAUGGUCGGCCGCGAGUCAAAGGGCUGACCUGUUGGAGUUCGCCGGCAGGUUUGCCCCGGUCCCGACCUCGCGGCACUGCGUGCCCGAUGUGUGCGUUCCGGCUUCCUUGCGUUCGGCGAAAUUCGUUUUUCUCCGGCACGAUGCGCAUCGCGGGCCCUUGCGGCCACCUUACGACGGCCCGUAUAGGAUUCUGGAGCACAGGGACAAAUGUUUAGUGUUGGACAUUGGGGGCCGGAGGGAAACUGUCUCACUGGACAGAGUUAAACCUGCGUGUUUGGACCCUUUUCUGCCGUCGGAGGUUGCAGUACCUCCCCGCCGGGGUCGUCCCCCUGGUCGGCGUCGGGUGGAGUUAACGGAUUCGUCGGUUCCUUCCCCCUCCGCCUUGGGGCCGCCGCGAGUCUCUUCCCCCCGACCUUCCGCACCUGCCGCCUCCCCACGGCGUACGCGUCGGGGUCGGGUGGUAGUGCCUCCUACCUAUGCUGAUUUUGCGUAUGGGUGAAUUCUGGGGGGGCUUGUGUGGCGCAUGUUGGACAUAAUUCACCCUUAGGAACUUUAUGUCAGUCGCAGUUUCACCUGGGCCCUUAUGGUUGAGGGACCCUUGUCUUUGCAGUAGGGAGACAUGUGCAUUUCGCUCUGUCAGGUUGUAAGCUCGAGAGGAGCAGGGAAAUAAAUGUUGCCAGUUGCUGUUCCAAUAACUCCGCCUACGACUCCUUCUUCCUGGCACCACAGUUUUAACAUUAUUAGAGCCCUGUAGACCGGAAAUAACACCCCUAUAGUCACCUUUCUCCCCUAUUAGUCAUUGCUUACAUCACAUUGCACAACUUUUAUUGCUGCAUAGACUCAAGAGGGCCUAGCGAGCUAACCAGUUAGCCUCGAAUUUAUUUCUACUAAACUUAAGAAGCCAAAAACGUACCACUUCCACACGGAAAGAGAAAGGUGAAAUGACAGAAAUGGAAAGAAAAAGCUGUAAUUUUGCGCCAAUAGUCAAAAUAUUGAGGUCCAUAGGCGGAUCGGCGCAGCGUCUGCAGUAAUGCGGUCGCUGUACCGGACCGUCGUGGUGAAGAGAGAGCUGAGCCGGAAGGCAAAGCUCUCAAUUUACCCCCCCAUCUAUGUUCCCACCCUCACCUAUGGUCAUGAGCUUUGGGUCAUGACCAAAAAAACAAGAUGGCGGAUACGAGCGGCUGAAAUGAGUUUUCUUUGUAGGUUAGCGGGACUCACCCUAAGAGACAGGGUGAGGAGCUCGGUUAUCCGGGAGGAGCUCAGAGUAGAGCCGCUGCUCCUUCACAUGGAGAGGAGCCAACUGAGGUGGCUCGGGCAUCUAGCCCGGAUGCCUCCCGGACGCCUCCCUGGUGAGGUGUUUCGGGCAUGCCCAGCCGGGAGAAGGCCCCGGGGAAGACCUAGGACACGCUGGAGGGAUUAUGUCUCCCAGCUGGCCUGGGAACGCCUUGGUGUCCUCCCGGUGGAGCUGGAGGAGGUGGUCGGGGACCGGGAAGUCUGGGCUUCCCUACUGAGACUGCUGCCCCCGUGACCCGGACCCGGAUAAGCGGAGGAAAAUGGAAUGGAAUGGAGUCAAAAUAUUAAAAACUUGUAUUCUAACGAGAAAAAAGUCGGCAUUUUAUGAGAUUGAAGUAAAAAUAUUACGGGAAAAAAAGUUGCAAUUUUACCAGAAUAAAAUUGUAAUAUUAUGAGGAAAAGUACUGCCAUUUUAGUAGCGUAGAGUUGAAGUAUUAAAUAAAAAAAGACAUUUAAAAUAAAUAAAUAAAAUAAAGUUGUCAUUUGUGUGAAAAAAUGACUUUUUCACACAGGGCCAUGGAGCUUUGGAUUUGUUUCCUCCCUUAAUAAUUAAAGGUUUCAUUUAAAAAGUGCAUAAAGUGUUGAGUUGUGUUGUCAUUGACUAAUAUUUUCAUUUGAUGAUGUGAAACAUUGAAGUGUGGCAAACAUGCAAAAAAUGAGAAAUCAUGAAGGGGGCAAACACUUUUCACCCCACAUCUCUAAUUCUAUU